AUGACAAAAUUAAUAGAAAUGUCUAAUAUCAUGAAAGAUUAACUUAUUUUAGUUGCUAUAGAUAUAUUAUUGAUAAAUAUUAGAAUGAUAUCAACAUAAAAAUUAAAUUAUAAAAAAUACUUUAUAAUAAUUACAACUUUUUUAUGUUAUUUAAAUAAUAUAUUGACUAAUUCAUAAAUAAAUUUGAUCUUGAGCAAAUAGUUUAUUUUUUCUACUUCUUUGCAAUUUUAAAGUUCACUUUCACUAACAAGAUCGAAGCAGUUGAUCAUUCUGGAUCUAUAAAUAUACUUAAAUAAAAUUUAAUAAGUUAAUCAUAAAUGA